AUGAAUUAAGAAGACAUAUUCCUAAAGAAAUAAUGGUUUAUCAAGUCUUGCGAAGGAAAGAUCGAAUAAUUCUAUGACAUAAAUCUCAAAAAAGUAAUUGGGUCUGGAACAUAUGGAAGUGUUGUCAAAGCUGCAUUAAAAGGCACAAAAUAAUAACGUGCUGUUAAAGUAAUUCCGAAGUCUAAGGUCAAAAAUCCAGAAAGAUUUAAGAGAGAAAUCGAUAUUCUCAGAGCAUUGGAUCAUCCCAACAUUAUUAAAUUAUAUGAAACAUUUGAAGAUUAAAGAAAUGUGUAUUUGGUCAUGGAACUGUGUGAAGGAGGAGAAUUAUUUGAUAGAAUCAUGGACAAAGGAUACUUUAAUGAGGCUGAGGCACACAUAAUAUUUCUACAGAUUAUGCAAGCCUUAAAUUACUGCCAUUCAAAUGGAAUUUGUCAUAGAGAUUUGAAACCAGAAAACUUUCUAUUUUUAACUAAAGCUGAAGAUUCUCCUCUUAAAGUUAUUGAUUUUGGAUUGAGCAUUCUAUUUGAAGAAGGGCCUCAGAAACCUGGCACAUAGAAGGUUUCAAUGAAAACUAAGGCAGGAACACCUUAUUAUAUCUCUCCUGAAGUAUUGAAAGGAAAUUACGACGAAUUAUGUGAUAUUUGGUCUGCAGGAGUAAUAUUAUACAUAUUGCUCUCUGGUGUUCCUCCCUUUUAUGGAGAUACUGAUCCUGAAAUCUUGGAGGCUGUUUAAAAAGGACAAUACACAACAGAUAUCCCUGAAUUCAAAUUCGUUAGUGAUUCAGCCAAAGAUUUGAUUGCAAACAUGAUCAUAUCUCCAGAUAAAAGAUACAAGGCUUAAUAAGUCUUAUCACAUAAAUGGAUGAAGGAAAAGAAUAAGCCAAAUAAAGAACUCAAAUUGAAUUAUGGGGCAUUAAAGAAUUUUGUAGGCAGUAAUAAAUUAAAGAAAGUCGCCCUCACAUUUAUUGCAUCACAAUUAAAUGAAUAGGAAAUAACCCAUUUAGGAAAAUUAUUUAAAUAAUUGGAUAAGAAUGGAGACGGAGUCUUGACAAUUGAAGAAAUCAGAGAAGGGUUAAUAGGAAUGAGUGAUGAUUAAUCUAAGGAAUUAGCCAAUGUCAUAAAAAGUAUUGAUACUGAUGGGAAUGGUAACAUUAAUUACACUGAAUUCUUGGCAGCAACUAUGGAGAAAUAGUUAUACAUGAAAGAAGAAAAGCUAUAUUAGGCUUUUAAGAUGUUGGAUGUGGAUGGAAGUGGCAAGAUUGACAAGAAAGAAUUACAAUAGGUUCUUGGAAAGUCUGAUAAAAUAAUUGAUGAAAAAUAUUGGGAUGAUAUGAUUAAGGAAGCUGAUAAGAAUGGAGAUGGAGAGAUUGACUAUAAUGAAUUUAUUGAAAUGAUGGAUAGAUUUAGCAUUAUGAAUUGAGAUAGUCUAUAUUUUACAUACAAUUUAUUGAUCAAAAUUAAUAUCCCUUC